UUUCUAUACACAAACCAAACUGAUCCAUAACGAGAUCGGAGACUCAACUGUUACCACACACACACAAGACACAAACUAACCAAUUGAUACAACGUUGUGCUGGUAACUGGUGUUCUGUCGGGUGCAUGUGCAUCUAUCAGUAUUUCAUUCAGCAAUGGUAGUCUCAGUUUGUAGUAUCAACACUAACCCCAUAGCAUUAGCAACACCAUCUUUCUCUUUCAAGUCUCUCAAGUUCCCUCCCUUCUGGCCAACGCAAAAGGUGAAGAUGGGUCCUCUGAGUGUGUCUCCGAUGGGGUUUGGAACGUGGGCAUGGGGCAAUCAGUUUCUCUGGGGGUACCAGGAAUCCAUGGAUAACGAGCUCCAACAAGUCUUCAACAUGGCUGUCGACAACGGCAUCAAUCUCUUUGACACUGCCGAUUCUUAUGGCACUGGAAGGUUAAAUGGCCAGAGCGAGAAGCUUCUGGGGAGGUUCAUUCGAGAAUUUCAAGAGCAAAAGGGGAGCCAGCGUGAUAUAGUGAUUGCUACAAAGUUUGCAGCAUAUCCAUGGCGCCUUACACCAGGGCAGUUUGUGAAUGCUUGCAGGGCGUCACUAGAUAGAAUGCAAAUUGAUCAAAUUGGGAUAGGACAGCUACAUUGGUCAACUGCAAACUAUGCUCCUUUGCAGGAGAUAGCUCUUUGGGAUGGUUUAGUGGCAAUGUACGAGAAGGGAUUAGUUAAAGCAGUUGGAGUGAGUAAUUAUGGACCAAAGCAGCUUUUAAAGAUACAUGAUUACCUGAAAGACCGUGGAGUCCCCUUAUGCUCAGCCCAGGUGCAAUUUUCUUUGAUAAGCAUGGGGAAAGAUCAACUAGAGAUCAAGAGUAUAUGCGACUCUCUGGGUAUUCGCAUGAUUGCUUAUAGUCCUCUAGGACUUGGAAUGCUUACUGGGAAAUACUCACCAUCCGAACUUCCUAGUGGGCCAAGGGCGUUGCUAUUUAAGCAAAUACUUCCGGGACUGGAUCCUUUAUUGAGUUCCUUGAGAAAUAUUGCAAAUAAACGGCGCAAAACCAUGUCACAAGUUGCUAUAAAUUGGUGCAUAUGCAAAGGUACUGUUCCAAUUCCUGGAGUCAAGUCCAUUAAACAAGUAGAGGAAAAUUUGGGUGCUCUUGGAUGGCGCCUCUCCUCAGACGAGUUGCUUCAGUUGGAGUAUGCAGCAAACGAAUCACCUCGCAGGAUGAUCCAAAACGUUUUCCAAACUAGAUAAUACAUGGAGCGAGACCUCAGCACAAGGUGCGGACGAAAAACAACGCGUAAUCUUACACACGUAUGGUCACAGGUUUAUAUCAUCUGGUAUCAUGAAAGGUGUAGAGCAUGCAAUAAUUCGAUAGUUUCACUAGUCCAGGAUAAUUGACAAUGAAUCCUUCUGAUUGUGAGUGUCA